AUGGUUGGAGGCGGCAACCUUAGUUACGAGGAAUUGCUGGACCACAUUAUAAAUAACAAGCCCGUACCCAAUAUUGUGGAAGUACCAAAUGUCACGCUAGAUGAAAGCCUAGGUAGUACUUCUUCAUUGAAGCCAAGGGCAAGGCCCUGGGAAGGACAGCAGCAGCAUCAGUCUCAACAGCAGUUACAAAUUUCGGAAGAGAAUAUAUCUUUGGAUAUUAAUCAAGAAAGUUUGGAAGACAUGACCUCACUAUCAAAACUCUCUGAGUGUUAUGACAUACAGUCCAAGAUGCAGAUGAAUGACGCUAGUAACAACGAUGAUGAUGACGAUGAUAGCAGCAAUGAGAAAUCAAUAACUAGAUAA